UUUAUCUAGCUAUAUGUCUAUGGAACUGCGUUAACAACAACAUUACAUAACAAGAUGAUAGGAUUGGUGGUACUUCUUCUCUGCCCAAAUAUUUCUGAAGGGUUUAGUUUAGUAGAUACGAAUGGUCAUAUUGUUGGCAGUGGAAUUCUUGGGUUGCUGAUUUUCGAUGGAGGAACAGUUUGUGGCCAUUAUUUCACUGAUUACUCAGCUGACGCUAUUUGUCGUAAAAUGGGAUACAAUGGUCAAAUGUUUUGGACAUCCGGUAGGAAAUGGGACAUCCAGUCAACUUAUGAUAUUACUAUGGACGACGUUAUAUGCAGCAGUGGUGAAUGGAGUUCAUGUUCAUAUUCAUUAUCACACAAUUGUGGUAAUUAUGAAGACGUGUUUCUACAGUGUGAUGAAAUUGAUUUUAGUUUAGUAGAUACGAAUGGUCAUAUUGUUGGCGCUGGAAUUCUUGGGUUGCUGAUCAUCAAUGGAGGAACAGUUUGUGACGGUUCUUUCACUGAUUACUCAGCUGACGCUAUUUGUCGUAAAAUGGGAUACAAUGGUCAAAUGAGUUGGACAUCCGGUAGUAAGUGGGACAUCCAGUCAAAUUAUGAUACUACCCUGGACGAAGUUUCAUGCUACAGUGAUGGUUGGAGUUCAUGUUCAUAUUCAUUAUCACACAAUUGUGGUAAUUAUGAAGGUCACGUGUUUCUACAGUGUGAUGAAAUUGAUUUUAGUUUAGUAGAUACGAAUGGUCAUAUUGUUGGCGCUGGAAUUCUUGGGUUGCUGAUCGGCAAAGGAGGAACAGUUUGUGACGGUUAUUUCACUGAUUACUCAGCUGACGCUAUUUGUCGUAAAAUGGGAUACAAUGGUCAAAUGAGUUGGACAUCCGGAAGUAAGUGGGACAUCCAGUCAAAUUAUGAUACUACCCUAGACGAAGUUUCUUGCAGCAGUGGUGAAUGGAGUUCAUGUUCAUAUUCAUUAUCACACGAUUGUGAUCGUAGUGAAGACGUGUUUCUACAGUGUAAUAGAAUUGGUGAGGAAACUGACAACCGAACAGAUAUAAGUUGGAAAGAAGCGUGGCAACAUUCCCGGCUCAUUCCAGCUGACCUGGAAAAGUUUGACCUGCACCUAAAAACUUCUAGUUUUGAGCGUAGUAAUGAUAAGAUUGUGGUAAUGUUUCAUAAUAAAGAAGAACGGUUAGUAGGAGGUAUUUCUAUCAUGUUCUAUGACGCUGUGGUGUACGAUCUAUUGCUUUGUGAUGAUACGAAUAAUGUGCGCCAUUUCCCGUCAUAUCUAUCUAGAGAUAUAGAUAAGCAUUGGGUAAUACAAAAAGAUGGUUAUAGAAUCAGAAUUCGUUGUAACGGAGUGCAGGUCCUAGACACAACAGUGUCCUCCGGGACAUGUCAUGGUAAAUGGUCUGAUCGGAGCAAAUACUGGGGACAAAAUGUGAGCAGUAUAAAGUUCAUGAGAACUGACAGAGAUUGGCAGGACACUGCGACAAACUAUUAUUACAUAGACUCCGAAAGGGAUGAGACUGAGAGCAAGAGUAAAAAAAUGCCCGCAACGACUAUUGUUAUUAUAAUCUUGGUUAUAUUAUUCGUUAUCGUGGUCGGUGUUUAUGUUUAUCAUGUUAAACGCAAGAAUAAAACUGUACGAAAUAAUAUGCGAGAGGAGCCAGUGUUUCCAGCGCCACCAGAUAAUGUGCGAGAGGAGCCAGUGUUUCCAGCGCCGCCAGAUAUUAUGCGAGAGGAGCCAGUGUUUCCAGACCAAACUCUGUCGGAUGUUGCUCCGCCGAAAUAUGAAGAAUCUGUUAGAGCGUUUGGUGAAGAGACUGUACCAAGCUAUGAAGACGUAAUGGGUUAUAGUGGUGGUUAUGGUGAUGGUGGUGAUGGUCAUGGUGGUGGUGGUGACUGAUGAAAAUAAAUGAACAAUCCACGUUAACCUAAGUACGGCCACCCCGUAAUCGAAUUUUUGUGAAGAUGUGAAUUUUUAAAAAUUCCCAAUUUGUUAAAUACAUUUUCGGCGAAUGUUUGCAAACUUCUCGU